UCUGGGUCCCAUUCUAACAGACUGCUCUCCUUCACAGGGUGGUGAAAGAGGAAAUCUCGGAUGACAAUGCCAAGCUUCCCUGUUUCAAUGGCCGGGUGGUGUCGUGGCUGGUGUCUGCAGAGGGUUCCCAUUCAGAUGCUGGGUCAGUCUGUGCCGAUAACCAGACAGAGCUGCCACCCUCCAUGGAACGCACGGGAGGAAUCGGAGACUCCAGGCCCCCCUCUUUCCACCCUAAUACUGGGGGUAGUCGGGAAAACUUGGACAAUGAGACAGAGACGGACUCAGUGGUGUCGUCGCAAAGGGAACGACCUCGUCGGAAAGAUGGACCUGAGCAUGCACCCAGAGUGAAUGGGACAGUGAAGGGAGAACGGCGCCGAGACCUGGGCGGGUACGAAAGCUCCUCCACGCUCAUGAGCAGUGAGCUGGAGACCACCAGCUUCUUCGAUUCAGAUGAAGAUGACUCCACCAGCAGGUUUAGCAGUUCGACAGAGCAAAGCAGUGCUUCCCGUCUAAUGAGGAGGCACAAGCGACGCAGGCGGAAACAGAAGGCUCCACGCAUUGAGCGGUCAUCAUCCUUUAGCAGCAUCACAGACUCUACCAUGUCCCUGAACAUCAUCACGGUCACACUAAACAUGGAGAAAUAUAACUUUCUGGGCAUUUCCAUUGUGGGACAGAGCAAUGAGCGUGGUGAUGGAGGCAUUUACAUUGGCUCCAUCAUGAAGGGCGGUGCUGUGGCAGCUGAUGGCAGGAUUGAGCCGGGAGACAUGCUCUUGCAGGUGAAUGACAUCAACUUUGAGAACAUGAGCAAUGAUGAUGCUGUGCGGGUGCUGAGGGAAAUUGUGCACAAGCCGGGGCCCAUCACCCUGACGGUGGCCAAGUGCUGGGACCCCAGCCCCCGGGGCUGCUUCUCGUUACCCAGGAGUGAGCCUAUCCGGCCCAUUGACCCAGCAGCCUGGGUGUCUCACACGGCAGCGAUGACUGGCACCUACCCAGCGUACGGUAUGAGUCCAUCCAUGAGCACAAUCACUUCCACCAGCUCCUCCAUCACCAGCUCCAUCCCAGAGACCGAACGUCUCGAUGACUUUCACCUGUCCAUCCACAGUGACAUGGCCACCAUUGUCAAAGCCAUGGCUUCACCAGAGUCAGGCUUGGAGGUGCGUGAUCGCAUGUGGCUGAAGAUCACCAUCCCCAAUGCCUUCAUUGGUUCGGAUGUGGUGGACUGGCUGUAUCACCAUGUGGAGGGCUUUACAGACCGCCGUGAAUCCCGCAAAUACGCCAGCAAUCUGCUGAAGGCUGGCUACAUCCGACACACCGUGAACAAAAUCACCUUCUCUGAACAGUGCUAUUACAUCUUCGGGGACCUCUGUGGAAACAUGGCUAAUCUGUCCCUUCACGAUCAUGAUGGCUCCAGCGGUGCUUCAGAUCAGGACACUUUGGCUCCGCUCCCACACCCCGGAGCUGCACCCUGGCCCAUGGCUUUCCCAUAUCAGUAUCCACCGCCUCACCCAUACAACCCCCAUCCCGGCUUCCCUGACCCAAGCUACAGCUACGGAGGGGGCAGUGCAGGCAGCCAGCACAGUGAAGGGAGCCGGAGCAGUGGUUCCAAUCGCAGUGGCAGCGAGAGGAGGAAGGAGAGAGAGAAGACCGGGGAGUCCAAGUCCGGUGGCAGCGGGAGCGAGUCAGACCACACCACGAGGAGCAGCAUGCGGCGUGAGCGUGCGGCCAGCGAGCGCUCGGUGCCUGCCAGCCAGCACAGCCAGCGUAGCCAGCACUCUCUGGCUCACAGCAUCCGCAGCCACCACAGCCAGCAGUCGUACGGGCCGCCCGGCCUCCCCCCUCUCUUCAGCCCCCCCAUGUUGCUGAUGCCUCCACCGCCGUCAGCCAUGGGGCCCCCUGGGGCGCCACCGGGCCGUGACCUGGCCUCUGUGCCCCCCGAACUGACAGCCAGUAGACAGUCCUUCCGAAUGGCCAUGGGCAACCCCAGUGAGUUCUUUGUGGAUGUAAUGUGAAGCGCCCGUCCCCUGUCUGUCUGCUGCCCCUCCUUUCCCCCUCCAUCCCCAUCGUUUGUCUCCUAGGACCAGCCCUGGCUUCACCCCUUGUUUUUUUGGGUUUUUUUU